GGAGCAUAACAGAACGUGACACUUGAAAAUAACAAAUAUAUUCUUUUUCCUUCUUUCUUUUCCUUUUCAUAUCUCAACAAACCAAACCAAAUUCACUCGUGUCCUUUUCAACAUUUUCUUUUCUUUCCACCACGGCGGCUUACCGGAACACACGCCGGGAACCUUGAAUUCCGGCGGAGAUGGUGUCGCCUAAUGAAAAUGAUAACUGGGUUUUUGAUUGUGGGUUGAUUGAAGACAUUUCGGUCCCUGGUGGUGACCUUCUUGGUCUUGAAUCUCUUGAUGAAACCCCGAAUGGGUCUCUUUGGUCUUCUCAUAAUUUCACUGAUUCUGCCUUCUUAAGUGUGGAAUUCAAUAAUUCAUAUGAGAAUUCGGAUGGUCAUAAGGAAAGUGGGUCUCGGAAACGAGUGAGGCCUGGAUCAAGUAAUGCAACUGGCUCCAAAGCAUGUAGAGAGAAAAUGCGGCGGGAUAGGCUGAACGACAGGUUCACGGAAUUGGGUGCUCUUCUAGAUCCUGGAAGGCCUCCUAAAGUGGACAAAUCUGCUAUAUUGGUUGAUGCUGCUCGAAUGGUGACUCAGUUACGAGAUGAAUCUCAGAAGUUGAAAGAGUCUAAUGUGAGUCUACAGGAGAAGAUCGAUGAAUUAAAGGCAGAGAAGAAUGAGCUUCGUGAUGAGAAACAGAGGCUAAAGACAGAAAAGGAGAACCUAGAGCGGCAAGUGAAAGCCUUGAGUACUCCACCAAACUUCCUGCCUCAUCCCUCUGCCAUUCCAGCUCCAUUUUCUGCCCCAGGCCAAGUUGUUGGCAGCAAGCUGAUGCCCUUUGUUGGUUAUCCUGGAAUUUCUAUGUGGCAGUUCAUGCCCCCUGCUGUUGUUGAUACCUCUCAGGAUCAUGUUCUUCGCCCUCCAGUUGCCUAAGUAAUUCAGGCAGGGAUUUUAUGUCUAUGUUCUCUCAGAACAUGAAAGCUUUUGUUGCCUUUACUAACUAUGAUUCUUGUUAAUGGUCACAGAUAAUGUUUGUCUUUCAAUCAUCUUUCGCUCUCAUAGAUUAGUUAGUAUAAGAGUGUAUGAGUGCAAUCACAGAUGGGAAACUCGGAAUUCCUAGCGAUCGCUGGAAUAUCUUGUAAUUUUCAUUAAUCAAAUUUGGUAAUUUUGCUUGCCAGUUUUUAUCUUUCAAA